GUUUGAAUACCUCAUGCAAUCAAACCCAAUAACUUGCGACUUUAUCAUUACGUCACGUCAAGGUAUUUAAAGAACUUAUUGCUUUACCGUGCUACUGAGGCAGCAUUCAUGGAAUGCUAUGUAUUUUAUAAUACGGCCAGUAAUACCAAAACUUAAUUAACUCCUAUAACAUAGUCACACAAGGUCACUUUCGCUCAAACAACUGUACACAGGUUACAUACUUGCAUAGCUCAUCAUGUCGGAAAUAACCCGGUAAAAAUAAUUAUUGACGGAGAUAUGCCGAAAAAUAUAUAUCUAUCUAUACCCUCUUACCAAACUGUGAGCAGCAAAAGCGAGCGUGCUAUAUGUUUAUACCAACGUACGUCUGGAGCUGACGAAAAAUCUAUUUCGGGAGACGCUUGCUUCGUCGUACAUACGUGUGUGAGUCCACCAAGUCGACAGUCCUUUGUCUGAUUAAAAACGUCUUGGUAGUUAACAAUAUUAUAAACACGUAUCCUCGAUCUGCAUAUUGCGCGGAUGAAAGUGCGACUUGUUUAUAAAAGUAUUCCAAAAUGGGAAAUAUCCUCAGUAGUGACCCAACCAGGGAACGAGACGCUGAAAACGUCAACAGUGAAAGUGAAACAAUGAACUACGCAAGCAUUUCCCAUGGUGACGAAAUGAAUGAAAACACUGAACUGAAUGAUGGUGAAUUUGAUGACCACGAAGCUCGUGCUAAAGCAAAAGAAGAAGAAAUGAACGAGUUCAGAAAGCAGUUGGAUAUAAAACGUGAACAAAGAAGACAGAUAUUAGCAAGACACCGUGCUGAAAAAGAAGACCUUGAGAAAUCAUUACAAAAUGAAAAAGCUGCUAAACUAGAGCUAUACGAGAGCAACAAAUUACUAUGUGAAUUAUUAUCAAAGAAUAACAUAGAAAUUCCAGAUAAUCUUCUACAUUUAAAAGGGAAUUGUGAACUAACUGACGCUUUAGUACACAUGAGAGCAGAGUUUGAAGAUUUAAAAGAAAAUAAUUUAAGACUCAGAAAGAACUUAUCAGAAACGAAUCAGGCGUUACAAGGAGCUUAUUCAGAAAUUGCCGAUUUGAACGAGCAAAACACCGAAUCCAUUAAACAAAUCCGUGCUCUGAAGGAAGUGGUUACAGUCAGUAAAACUAUGAUCAGUCUUCGGGAACAGCAGUUAAAUGAUCUUAAAAAUAAAUUAAACGAAAUAGAACGGACUCUUGCUGAUAGGGAAACCAAUUUAUUAUCUACUGAUUUAAGGCAAGAAUACGAGCGUCAGUUGCUAAACAUUCGCACAUUGCGUGGUCUGUACGAAGAGCGUGCUCGACUUGCAGAAGUAACCCGGCAAGGUCUAAUUAGAGAAUUAGAUGAGCACAAAGUUCUUUACCAGGGUGAAGUUAAAAAGUGUACAGAUUUAAAAGCUAAAAUUGAAGAAUUGGAAUUAAAGAUAGAUUCAUUAAUUGAGACUAUUGAUAACAAAAAUUCACAAAUAUCUUUAUGCCAGACGGAAACAAACGUAUUAAAAGCAGAAAUGGCAGUAGUAAACAAGCUUUUCUCGCAAGUUUUGCUCGGAUCCAAAACCAAACAAGAUUUGGACACGUUAGUUCAAAGACUUCAAGAAAACCACGGCUUGCUGACACAAAUGGCUGAAAAAGAAAAUGAUUCAGAAGCAUCAUCAGCUUUACCAAAACUUUUAUUGGAAUUAGUCACUCAAGUGGAUGAGAACGAGGAUAAGUGUUCAGAUGAAAAUAAUAAAAUUGACGAUCAGGCAUCAAGCCAAGAAGCUAUGACUUCAGAGCAAGGAUCAGAAAAUCAAAAACCCAGCACUGCCGAAGAAAUUGUGGAAAAUCUGCCCAAAGUUUGGAAAGUCCUGAUUGAACUUUUAAGUCACCAAAACGUGGCAGAAGAGAACUCUCCAGAAAAAGUUACUACGUGUUACAAGUCCGUUGAAACUAAAUCAGGACCCGUGUUAGUGCCAAGCGUUAGUCAGACUUACAUCAGAUUAAAGGAUCUUAUUUUGGAAAAACUUGGCUUGAUCAAGGAGGUUAAUCGCAUGAAGCAACUUAAUGGCCACUUAGAGACCAGGCUAGAGGAACAAGAACGUAGAUUAUGUAUGGUUACUAAUGAGUUGAGCAAGACGUGGCAUGUGGUCGGCCGACUACGGAGACAUCAUCACCAGUUACACACUCACGAAAAGAUUCUUAAAUAUGAAUUACAGCAGAAAAGAAAGUUAUUGAAUGAGUUAAAGGAGGAACUGGAAUAUUGCCGUGAGAAAUGGGAACAGGCUCGUGAAAAGAACACUCAGUCAGAAAAAGACUGGAGAGAUCUCAGAGCAGAGUUCUCAAGUAGAAAGAAUAAACCUGGUUCUCCUUCUUUUAAUAACUCAGGAGAAAGCGGCUACAGUGACGAACGGCCAUCAGAUGAAUCGUCAGAAUCAAAUGAUGAGAGUGAAUAUGUCGCUGAGCCAACAAUCAGAUGCAAGAGAAAGCUUAAGAAGUCAUUUGAGACUAUUUUAGAUUCAAGCACAGACUUAAACUUACCAGGAGAAAGAGAGGAACCCGUCAGCGAUUUGCUAGACGUGGCUGAUUUACCUUUGGAUACCCAAGAAAGUGAAGGAAAUCAUGGGUUAAUGUCUGAACCAAGCAAAAGUGACAAUUUACUUAAACCAAAAAAAGGAUGCGAAGAAACAGAAGAUGAAAUGGCUGAUAUUACACACGAUGAUUCUUGUCCUGAUGAAAUACAUACUGAACAAGAACUUAUAAAAGAUGUCGAUAAUACGUUACGAACAAGCACUCGAGAGAACAUUGAAGUAACUACUCAAUCUGACGCAAGUGAAUCCCCUUCAACUUCCGGUCUUAUUGAUCCCUCCCAAAUUUUGAAAAAUAUCCAGCUUCAAAAUGAACGAUUAGCUAAAAAGGAUGCUAAGUUGAAUAGUUUAGAAAAAGAAAGCAUAGCUUUAUUAAAAAAGACCCAAGCAACUGCAGAAAUAAGUGAACAAAUAAACAACACUCUCGACCACCUUAUAAAACGACCCAUGCCAAGUAAUUUGUCAUCCGACAAUACGAGUCAACCCACAGAAGACCGGAAUGAAUCUAUUGAAGAUCAGAGGCAGUUGACAGCCUUUACAGAAAAUAUAGCUCUCGUAGAUAUAGCAGGUACCAGUGAUGGGAAAGAGACUGCAGAUAUAUCUGAAAAAAAUGAAUUUGAAACAACACAAAUUAGCGAAGUCCCAAAAUCACCUCAAGUUGUUUGUAUCGAUGAAAUGCCCAUUACAACAAAAUAUGACCCCACCGACUCAAACCAAAAAAUUGAUCUUCCAAGAGCAUCACAAUCUAUGCCUGAUUUUCAAGCUAUAUUAGAAAACGUUAGAAAGCAAAAUGAGAGACUUGCCAAAAAAGAUGAAAGACUGGAGAAGUUAGAAAGCAGUUGUUCUGAAGUAGUUGAAACUUUAGUCAAUACUCUAGAUUCAGGUGAAAAGAUAAUUGAAAAACUUGACUCCCUUCACACUGACCAUCAAAGAAAAAUAAAUGACACUGCAGUAACUGUUGACACAACAACGGAAGACAAUUCUGACAAAGAAGACUCUGGGCCAUCCACAUCAAGUGAAAUUGAUCACGAAGCAAGAUUUGCUGCGCGUGACUUAAGGUUAAGAAGGUUAGAAGAACAAACGAAAUCACUUGUAAAUAGAGUUAACAAGACUACUUCAAAGGGCGUAAAAAUCCAUUACAAAUUGGAAGAAUUGCAUAAUAUUUACGGAUCAGAAAGUUCCAGAGCGGGCACCCCGUCAGAGGAAAAUGAGGAUAAAAGUAAUGGAAGCGAAUCUCCUGAUGAACAAUAAUAUUGCUGUGUAUUUGUACUAUUAUAUUGUCAUUUGAGCAUUUUACAGAAUAAAAAUAAAACUUCAAGAAUACAUGUA